GGCGUGGCCUGUGUGGAACCUGCAGGUAUGUACGUUGUGGACGUACGAGGCGGUGCGAAACUACAAAGUGGGCGAAGAUGGCGUCGAGUAAGAAGACUGGGGGGAACAGCCGAGUGGCGAAAACUGUGAAUGGAAGACGCUCGUCUAAACACGUAGCGGGCCCAGAGGUGUUGGACACAAGGGCACUGUUUGAGGCCUUGUACAGCAUGUGCAAUGACAACAUCGAUUUCUUCUCAGCGGGUGCAAAGGGGUCACGAGGCGAUGCAGCACGAUUGGUGCACACCAUGAACGUGAUCCAAGAGCACGCUCGCAACCUGGAGCCUGUUGUCUGUGGCUUUGCUGCCGUAUAUCAAGACUUUGACUUUGACCCACACGUACCUGCCAAUGGCUAUCGUUCCCUUGUCAAGGUGGUACGUUGCUGUCUUCUUCACAUCAUCCACAAGGGGCGCUAUAUUGCUGCCAACCGCCGCAGCAUCUUCUUUCGAGUAGCCCACAACGCAAGGGAGAUAGAGGCCUACUGCAGUGCUCUGUGCCAGCUUCGUGCCCUACUGUACCUCGCCCAGCGCAUGCUGCAUGACAACAACCAUGGCAACCUCUUUUUCCUGGAUGAAAGUGGCCUCAGCGAGAGCUUCUUACGUGAAUACUCAUCCAUGUACAAGGGGUGCUUCUAUGGCCGUUGCUUGGGCUUUCAGUUCACUCCAGCUAUCCGGCCCUUUCUGCAGACCGUUGCUAUCGGCCUUGUGGCCUUUGGAGAAAACUACAGACGCCACCACUCAGGAAUAGGUGUAGCUGCAAGCUCUUUCUUUAACUCAGGGAAAUACGCCAUCGACCCAGAGCUGAGGGGUUCAGAAUUUGAACGCGUCACCCAGAACCUGGAUGUUCAUUUCUGGAAAACCUUUUGGAACAUUACAGAGACCGAGCUCCUAUCGAGUCUCGCCAGUAUGACAUCAACUCAGGUCAAGGUCAACCGUGCUCUUUCUGUGCCCCCUGUGCCCUUUGACCUUCCCCUGGUAGCCAACCACAGAGCAUCUGUGACCAUUCCUCCACCGUCAGCUCACAUCGGGGCCGCCCCUGUCCAGAUGAGGCUCAUCUCUUAUGACUUGCGUGAAGGACAGGACAGUGAGACUCUGCUAUCUCUUUCCCGGUCUGAGAGUGGCGCCAUCUCUCUAUCACUGGGCUUGAAAACCAACUGCUGCCCCUCGUCUCCCUGCCUCCUGAUCCACUUCCAUGGGGGAGGCUUUGUAGCUCAGACCUCCAAGUCUCACGAGCCUUAUCUGAAGACUUGGUCUCAGGACCUUGGUGUCCCUAUCCUGUCUGUGGACUACUCCCUAGCCCCUGAGGCCCCCUUCCCCAGGGCCCUGGAGGAGUGCUUCUAUGCCUACUGCUGGGCUUUGAGGAAUCACCACCUGCUAGGCUGGACUGGAGAGAAGGUGUGUCUGGUUGGUGACAGUGCUGGAGGCAAUUUAAGUGUGACAACAUCGAUGCGGGCUGCUGCCUAUGGUGUGCGGAUGCCAGAUGGCAUUGUGGCAGUGUACCCAGCUACCCUGCUGACCGCCUAUGCCUCGCCCUCCCGUCUGCUAACACUUAUGGACCCCCUGUUGCCACUCAGUGUGCUCUCCAGGUGUCUCAGCGCCUACGGAGGUAAUGAGCCGCAGGCGGAGAAGCAGGUAGAGAAGGUGAGCACACUGAGCAUGGUGAAGAGAGACACGGCACUGCUCCUCCACGAUGUCCGAAUGGGAGCCUCCAACUGGAUCCAAUCUCUGUUGGACAGUAGCAGGGCUUCAUCCUCCCCUCGUCCAGCUGCAGAGUCACUACCAGCAACCCCUGACACAGUGAGGAAGAAUGUAUCAGAGGCAGCCUUCUCAUCUCCUCAUGUGGCUUCCCCCAACCUCUCAGAAUUCCCCAGCAGGAGUCUGUCUGUGAAGAGCAGGACCUGCCAGGAACUGGUAUCCCUCAUCAGUUCCAACAAUGCUUUACUUCCUUCUGAGCUUCCGCCAGAGGAUGUACAUUUCUUCCUUUCUCAGGAGGCUGAAACCUCUAUGUCAACUGACUUGCCUUCUGUGGCCAUACCACCAACUGUUGGAGAAGAUGGGUUGGAGCUGGAACCCUCCAGAGAGUUUCCCCUGGGGUUUGAACCUCUGCGUGCGGAGCAGCCAUCUGAAAUGAAGGUUUCAAGCUCCCCUUUGCUGAAGGAUCCUUACUGCUCCCCCCUGCUGGCUCCUGAUAGCCUGCUAAAGGGUCUCCCACCUGUACAUAUAGUGGCGUGUGCGUUAGACCCCAUUCUGGAUGACUCUGUGAUGUUCGCCAAGCGCUUGAGGAGCAUAGACCAGCCUGUCACUCUGUGUGUGGUGGACGACCUCCCCCACGGCUUCCUCAGCCUAUCGCACCUCUCCAGGGAGACCAGGGAGGCUGCCAACAUGUGCGUGGAGAGGAUUCGCACCGUCUUCAACCAGAAGGAUACACCCUCGGAGAAACAGCAGCACCGCAAGCUGGAACGCACUGAUAUGUGUGUGUCAGCUACUUCUAGGGGUGCCAGCACUGUCUUUGUUGGCUCCAUUGGGGGAGCGGAGCUAACUGCUGGGAGAGGCGCUAAAAUCGUUGAUGGGGACGCCUUAGCAGCUGUGGCAGCCCAGAAUAGCACCGAUGCCGGUGGUGUUGGGGCUUAAAUAAGGCUGAUUAUAAAAACACAGGACUGCAGUGCACCCAAGGAGUAAUGGAGAAAGGGUAAAUGAAAGUCAAACAAAUGUAGGCAGUGCGGUGCCCAAAGGGAGCCGGAAAGCAUUGAGCAAAACAGAAAGGGGGAGGCAGUCCAGGAGGUUGUGUGUUUCUGAGAGACGGAGAAACAUUGGGACAUUGAACUGUGACUUCAUCUUAAAUGUCGUCUCACCUGCCCGGGUUAGCACAACUACACAGAUCGCAAAGGAGCGCUGGUCCCUGCACACACAAUACUCUUCCCUGUUAGCGUUCGGCCACAGAGGCUGUGGCAACAAGCAGCACCAUUGUUCAGAUGAGAGCUGACGGAUUCUGCAGAGCGAGUCAGUAAUUUAAGGCUCUAAUCAGAUCGUGGUAGUCGCACUGUGUGCUGGUCUAUGGAGUGGUCCCCUUCAAAACACCCUCUUGUCCUUUUGGGAGCCACACUAAAUCGCACUUAAUAAGUCCACAUGGGUUCUCCAUGACUGCAGUCAGUGUUGCUCAGUUUGUGGAUAGAAACUCUGUUGACUUGCUCUCAAAUAGAAUUAUAAACUAAAAACAUAGCAGACUAAAAGGCUCCAACAAUGGAUUAAUUGAUUUCCUUAAAAAAAAAAUAUAUAUAUAUUCUUGUGAAUUCAUUAAUCGUAUGUUUUAUUCCUGUACAGUAGUAUUAGUAAUCAGUUUAAAUAUCUGUACUAUAAUACUGAUUCAUUCCUAUGUGUGUGUGUGUGUGUGUGUGUCUUAUGUUAAGUGGAAGCUUUUGUUCAUUUCACACGUGAAUGUUUUCAGUGUUUGCUUCUGUUAUCUUUGACCGCUGUUGCUCUGACAUCACUGACCUUCCAAGUAUUCAUUGUUCUUUUGCCUCCUUUCAUCAUCACAAAGGAGGUAAAAUUAAACCAUCAGGAUGUUGUAAAUGUCUCGCUUUAAUUCAAGGGGUUUGACAAAAUAGAGCCAUUUGGUAAUGAAGAUCAACACAGUUCUCUUCAGUGAAGAUGGGAGAUGCAGUGUUUCUGCUGUAGUACUUCUGCUGCCAGAACAAUAUGAUUCCCCACCACACCUUGGAAUGUUUAAUAACCGCAACAAAAUAACACCAAAUAUCCAUUAUGUAACGUAAGUGAUGAAGAUGUAUCUGUUAUGACAAUAUUAUCUAAAAUAUGAUUGUUUGAACCAGUGCAGUUUGCGCUGCAGACUCAUUUAAGCCUUAAUAAUUGUGAAUUACGCACAGCAGUAUUUGUUACAUCUUUUGCGUGGUCUGUAAAUCUGUAAAAAAAAAGAAGCUUUGAUUCAGGAUGUUUUUUCAUCCAGGUUUUAAAUUUCAAGGAUCAGAUUUGAAAAUGGUCUUGAUCAAAUAAGAUCAUUUGUUUGUUUUAAAACAAAUUAUAUAUAAAUUAUGCUCAUAUAAAGUUACCAUUAUUGGAGCAACACCAGUUUUUAUCUGCCUUUAACAUUUAUGUGUUUCAGGUUUAAUAUUCAAGAUGUCAAAAGUCCCACAAUUUGGUGAGUUUUCACAGAUAUUCUGCUUCAGACAUCAUUUAAGGCUUGUUUGAGACCUCUGACAUAUGUAGCAGAAUUGCUCUAAUUUUACCUCAGAUUAUUAAGAAUACAAAUUGGAAUACAGUUUACCACACAAAAACCCGGGGGGGGGGGGGGGGGGUGCUCUAUGCAAAAUUGAAGUGAUUAAAUAACAGAUAAAAUAUACUUUGAAUCAUAGGUUCCACACUUUUUAAGCGACAAAAAUAUUUCCCUAAUUGUUUUGAAUGAGAGUGAGGUAUUUUGUUUUCUUCCUGUCAGUGCUUUUGUGUUGAGUGACUGUGCAAACCUAAGUCUAGAUUGGAUCUGUUUUCUUGUAUCAAACUUCUCCGUUGGUCCACUCCACGCUGAAGCUAUGACUGGUGGAGCAGUCAACAAAUGUUGCAUGAUGCAGUUUCUCCAAUAACAGCCACAAAAACCUUUAACUCUUUCAGGGUUGUCAUUGUCGUCUUGGUGGCUUCCUUCACUUGUGUCUUUGCACUGUCAUAGUGCAUAAAAAUAGCUACAAUGCUUAAAUGGUUAAUGCAGUACUUUCAUUAAACCUCUUGAAUUAAAUCUGAUAGUCUCCACUAGAAACACAUUGUUUCAUUUCGCCUCCGUUGUGGUGUAGAAGCAAAAUUACAAUCAUUGCCGCUGUUCAAAUACUUACAGACCUGACGGCAAAUGCUGCCUUUUGCUUUGUGGUAUUGUUAUGAAUAUGAAACUUUGGAUUUUUAUUACAGUAAUUGCUGCAGUGGAAUUUGUAGCAAUGCACUGAUGUUACCUUUUGAAGGCGAGCGAUGUGCAUGGAGAAAACAGUCAUUUUAGACGCGUUCAUAAGCAAUCAUAUUUUUAUUUUAAGAACAACAAUUAUAGCUCUUAGUUCCCCUGCAGCGGGCUUUUUGGAAAGCUGACUGCUCUCAGCUGUUAAGCUGCAUUUUAGGCUUCAGUGCACUGACUGCCUCGCAGGUGGGCCCUCCUUUUCCUUUUAUUACUGCACAUUGGCCAUAGUAUGAUUGUGUCAAAGUACUGCUUCUGUUGGUCCAUGGGAUUUCUUGCCCGACAUGUUCAGUUCUCUAAAUGUGAGAUGUUUAGGUAAAGCCUGCAGCCCCACGCCAAGCACAGGCUGCACAGAGUAACAGCCUCUCUUUGUCUUUGGGCAGCUGCAGGUCCGUGUUACAGAUUUGUUGCUUCCCCCCGUCACAUAUGGAGUUGACUUUAUCUUCAGUAACACUCUCAUGAGCUUACUGCCACGGAGUCACUUUGAAAUGCACAGAAAUGCCCUGUAAAGGGUCAAACCUUCUAUCAAGUCAAACUAAAUAUAGAUGCCAACAAUGUGGAGUGUCCUGCCCUUGUCUGGUGCAGGGUUGAGUUGCCAGGUCUGUCAAGAGGGAUGCUGUGUGAUGAAUAGGAUUUAACCAAAGCUCGGAGUGCAAACUUCCCCCGCCCCUGCAGAAGAGCAGGAUUUUCAGCAGAAUAGUCAUGCUUCGGGAUUAGACCGUGCUCUGUUCUGUCAGCUCUCGGUGCUUACUCCAGUAUUUUUAGUCAGAUGGAGAGAACCGGGGCUGUGACGAGGAAGAUGGGAAUAUACUCAUCCUCUUUGAGAUGCUAGGCUGAAGUUUGUUCUCGCUGCUGUUUACGCUCACGCUGCACUUUUCAGUGAUUUGCCAAUCCGUGCAAGCCUGCUUUAAGGUUGUGUAUGUGUGCAUUAAUGUGCUCACAUGCUGAGACGCUAGUUUCUGCAGUAUGUAAGGAGCUUGAUGUCUUUCGGUGUGACAUCGCUUUGAAGAGUCGCCAGUAUGCGCCCCCUUUUACUUUUUGUUACUCAGUUUAAUGUGUAAAUUACAGCAAUCAGUGAAUUUUUUUUGCAUACAUAACAGAACAUAACAUUUUGGCAGGACGGUGGGUAGAAGCAAAACGUCCCUUCUUUCUGGAGAAACUUUUGUAGAAAAUCUUAAACUUUAAUUCAGUCUUGUGUUUGCUACAGUAUGUUGUACAAGCAAAGGUGACGCAAAAAAAAAGUGAUUCAGGUUUUUGGCCAACUUCAGUGGAUUGGCUUGUACAUCCAACCUUUGAUCAUCGGUCACCAUCACUAUGAACUAUACUCCAUCAGUGCCCCCCUGCUAUACACUCUGAGUCCUGCAGUGCACCAUCAAGACGUGCCAGCAGUGCCUGAGGCUGCUUUCAGGUGUAAUUCAGCAGUAUUUCAGCCCUGCUAGUCUGCCAAGACCAGGCCGGCUGACGCAGUUGUCAGUUUCACACCCACAAUCUUCAAUCACAAAUCUACUUGCCCUCAUCUCUGUACCCACGGAUGUGUUGGUCCUGGUGUGCUCAGGCUCAUUGCUGCUGUAUUGCCAUCAUCAGCCUGCAAAAUCGACUGUACUCAGUUAUAGACCAGGUAUUUGGUGGUCUUUGGCAAAGUAUUUCUGGUAUUUUUUUUAUGGUGCAACAUUCAGGUACGCCUUAUAUAAUUUGGGUUUAAGACAAAAACAAAACUGAAUUGGUUGGAGAAGUAGCCUCCAUCGUGUCCAGGAAGAGUCAUUGCCUCUCACUGACUUCAUGCUACGGAAUCCAGGGAUAAGCACCGGCACUGCUGUGCCUCAGGACCUAUAUAGGAUUUACUUUACUGGAACAAAAAUAGGAAGUUUCUCAUUUGUGCUUCACCACAGACAGCGUUAGUGAUUGCUCUCCACUCACAUAGCUUGAUGCUCUGUGCAGAACCAUUAACUCGCCAGAAAACCUCUCCCUUGAUUGUCUUUUGUAAAAGACAGUGCAGCAGGUCCAAACAAGGCUCACUGGGCCAACAAACCGCCAUCUUAUGUCUUUCAGAGAUGAUAACCCAAGUCUGCUCAGUGUGUCCUGUACCGUCGGCACAUCUGCACUUGUCAACGUCAGUCGUUAGUGGCUUUUUCGCUGAAUCAUGUUGAAUCAGCAUUGGCAUCUGUGGGUGAGAGAGUGUAAUUUAAUGGCUUCAAUUUUUAUCAAAUCAGUGCACGAGCAGAAAAAUGGAAGUGAUGAAACCAAACAAACAAAGUCAAGAGGGCACACACGGUGUACAGUAUAUAAAGAGUCUGACUAGUGGGAGUGCAGAAAAAUGGUGAGCAAACGCUGCUUUGUAUAUGGUUUAGAUCAUCGUGGCUUACAGUUUCCCCUACUAAAGACUAGUGCCACCUACUGGCACAGAGAGUUUACACAUGAGCAGAACAUGCAUGUUGGAUGGCCAUCUGCUGUAGUCUUUCCAGUGUGUUCCAGUACAGAUUUUUCAGAUGGGAGCUGGAUGGCCGUGAACCCACAGUUGGUUGGAGGCUCUGCUAGUUGACCCAAGUCUUGAGCUUAAUGGAAAUGAUGGAUGACAAUCUCUCCUUGCUAUGCCCAAAUUAAUUAAUUAAGUGGUUUAAUAAAACCCUACUGCACCCUGCACCUUACUUUGCUGUUUAAUUACAUACUGUGUGGAGUUGGACACUCCCCAAAUGCACUUGCACUAUGCAUUUUAUACCGUGCGCUAUAUAUCGUCAAGCUAUGCUCUUUACUCACAUUAAAAUACUCUUACCAUAAAGCGCACCCAGGAAAACGCUUCACACACCUCCGUUAUUGCCACCUGCAGAAAACGUAGUAGAGAUGCCUGCAACAGCUUCACGUGCUUCUAGUGCUCCACCAGUACAAUAGCUUUUAUGUAGGUUCAGCCACUGUUAAAUGCACACUGGAUUUUAAAAAAAUGUAGCUGUUAGCAGAGGUGUACACGUUCCAUACAAUACUCCUGAAAAGCAAAGCUUUAGUAUUUUGUAAUUUAACAAAUUCUCAUGUACUUUGUUGCAAGUACAUAAUCUAAGUGAAUGUACCAUAUUUUCCAGUGUGUAAGUCUUUUUUUUUUUUUUUUUUUAGUUUGGGAGGUGCUUUGUCUUAUACUCUGGUGCAAUUUAGGUGAAGAUCUCUCAGACAGUCAGCUCCUCCAGACUAUCCCAGUUCACCCGCACUAUCCUUUUGGGCUUCCCAGAUUUGUCCAAAGCCCUUCCCCAUCUUCUGAUCCAACUCACCACCAGAUGUUGAUCAGUUGACAGCUCAGCCCCUCUCUUCUUCUGAGUGUCCAGAACAUGUGGCUUUAGAUCAGAUGAUACGAUCACAAAAUUGAUCAUCAACCUUCGGCCUAGUGUGCUCUGGUAUCAUAUACACUUAUGAGCAUCCUUAUGUUCGAACAUGGUGUUUGUUAUGGACAGUCCGUGACUAGUACAAACGUCCAAUAACAAACAACCAUUCGGUUUUAGGCUGUUCCUCCAAAUCACGCCUCUUCCAGGUGUCUCUGUCAUUGCACAUGUGUACAUUAAAGUCCCCCAGCAGCGCCUCGCACCCCGGGCAGCUCCAGAGUAGAGUACCAACCACUAACAAGGAGAGUAGUUCCAGAGCCGAGACCCAUCAAAUUGAAUUGGUAGCACUCCACCUCCCGCACAAGCUCCAGCUCCUUCUGCCACAGCGAGGUGACCUUCUACGUCCCCAGAACUAGCUUAUGCGGCCUGGGUGUGGUCCAUCCAGGCAGUCGACUUUCACUGACAACCCAUGGCAGACAAAAUAAACUGUAGUAAUAAAAGAAUAAAUGGCAAUAAUAAAAAGUGCACUGUAACUGCACAAAAAUGCCAACUAAAACAGCUGAUAAUACAGAAAAAAGGUGUGACUUAAAAACAUUGUCUCAACCAGGAAACACUCUUGUAUAACAGGUGCUACUUACACUUCAGAAAAUACGGUAAUUUUAAUGUGAACAAUCGGAUUCUACAUACAACACUACACAGUCAGAUAUGCUUGCUGUUGUUAAAUAGGUGUGACAUCAGUUUGUGAGUGGUUACAACAUUUGAAUAUUGUGUGUUAAAGUUCAGUUACUUGGUGUUAGUUGUGGCAAUUACCAGGGAUGUUUUAGGCUGACCCAGGUGCAGGUCUGUAGAACCCCUCUAUUGGUUUGGACAUGCGAGUAGUCCGGUAUUUUUUAUAUUGUUGUAAAGAUUUCCAGUCGCUGCUUGCGCAACGUCCGCAAAUUUCAGUUUAUGUGUAUUGAUUUGGUGGUGGUGUUGUUUAAUAAUUAGAGUUGUUUGGGGAAAGCUUCUUCAACUGUCCAAAGAGCAAUUUAAGAAUCAGAAAAUGUCUUUGUGAGCUAACUUGCAGCUUGGUAUAAUUUUGGUUUGUUGAUGUUCAAUCAUCAAGAUGUUCAGCAUUUCUCAACCGUUUUCCUUUGGAAAAGCUUUUCUGACUUGGCUAUCCUUGCCCCGGGCUGGUAGCACUGAAGUGAAAUGCUGCUGCUUCAACUGUUCAGUCAAUAUGUACAAAUCAGCUGCACAAUUACACACCACCACAAGAUUUGUUGGUCUUUGUUGCUGCUUUGGCCAGAAACAUGCUGAUGCUCUUUAACACUGUGAAAUAGGUUCACGUUCUAUCAAGUCUGGACUUUAUGCUUUUCAUAGCACAUCAUGUAAAAUAGUUUGAAGAAGCUGUUACUGUAAAAGACCCUUUUAAAUUAGUUACUGAUUCCAACCACUAAAGAGAAGUGUUCAUAUAAUUAAUUGAUCUGUGUGUUGCAGAUAAAACCAAAGACUGCAGACCGUCAUAACGGGCGUACAGUCCCUGUUAACCGGUAUACUGUCACUUGCAUGUGAUAGUUUCCUGGCACUCCAUAUACAAACUGUACAUCAGUUUACAAACAUUGCUGAUGUAGAAUUUUACUUUAAAAAAAAAAAUCAGACUGCUGUAUGCAGUUUACUUUUAUAUAUUUUAUUUUUUAAUUGAAGUCACCACAAGUGCAAAAAAGUGAAUAAGAAAUAUAUAUUAAAAAUAUGAUACUUGUAGAUAUUUUUGUGUUCAUUCGAUUGAUUACAGAUUGACGCGAAUGUGGUUUCAUUAUAGGUUUCGUAGAAUGUGUGUGAUUAUACCGUGAGAAGACUGAUUAUUCAGCUGGUGGUUUUUAUUGAAAUAAAUAUAUUCUCUCAUCAA